UGGAAUCCAUGUGGACUCUGUGCCCAUCAUCCCAGUUCUCACGACCAGUUAUGCCCACGGCACCUCGUCCACGUCUCUGCUCCACCUGACAGUGGGGGAGUCUCUGCUGAGGUCGGUGGAGCGCUGGCCCGACAGAGAGGCCAUGGUCUUUCUGCAAGACGGAGUCCGCAAGACCUUCGCAGAGUUUCAUAAGGACGUGGACCAGGCUGCAGCCGGACUUCUGGCACUUGGCCUGAAGAAAGGCGACCGGCUCGGCAUGUGGGGACCCAACACCUACGAGUGGAUCCUGUUCCAGUUUGCAACGGCCAAAGCGGGAAUUAUCAUGGUGGCCGUGAACCCGGCGUACCAGCAGCAGGAGUUGGAGUUCGCUCUGCAGAAGGUCGGGUGUAAAGCCAUCGUCUGCCCCACGCAGUUCAAAACACAGAAGUACUGCGACAUGCUGAAAAAAAUAUGUCCCGAGAUCGAGACGUCCAGCCCGGGGGACAUCAGGAGCGCUAGGCUGCCAGAUCUGCGCUCCGUGAUCGUUCUAGACAGUCGACAGCCAGGAAUGUUUCAUCUGGAGGACGUGAUGCAGGCGGGCAGCAGCCAGUUCAUGCUGCAGCUGCAGGAUCUGCAGAAGAAGUUAUCGUUCGACGACCCGAUAAAUAUCCUGUUCACUUCGGGCACAACUGGGAGUCCAAAGGGAGCCACGCUGUCUCAUCACAAUGUUGUCAACAACGCCUACUUCGUGGGUAGAAGAGUUGGAUACACCUGGAGGCCUCACACUCGCAUCUGUCUGCCCGUGCCCCUGUACCACUGCUUCGGCUCUGUGGGGGGGGGCCUGUGUAUGGCCCUUCACGGCGUCAGCCUCGUCUUCCCGUCCGCCGGCUAUGACGGGAAGGCCAACCUAGCAGCUGUGGAGAGCGAAAGGUGCACCUUCAUCUACGGCACCCCCACCAUGUACGUGGACAUGGUUAACCAGCCGGACUUGGCUAAAUAUGACCUGUCGUCAUUAGAAGGAGGCAUCAUGGCCGGUUCUCCUUGUCCUCCCGAGCUCGUGAGGAAGGUGUUCUCUGAAAUGGGCAUCAGAGAAAUAACCGUGAGUCGAUACACGUGCAGUGAUACAUCUCUUUACAGAUCAGAACAGAAUCACAGUGCAACUCAGCUUUCACACACCAGGGGGAGACAGAUACCAAAGAAAAAGAUCACAGGAUUAGUAUGAAAACAUAUUUUAUAUUCGCUUCAUCGCUGCAGAACUUA